AUGAAUCCCAACUCGUCGCACAUGUAUCCGCCGGCGGCGAACUAUGAGGAAGAGCCCCCGGCAUACGGCUAUGGAGGCUCGUACCUCCCCGAGCACGAAUCCCCUCGUCACGCCGCGCCGACCAUGCGACUGCUGCCCACGAGUACUACGACGGUAGAUGAUGACUUCCGGGAAAACGUGGGAAAUACCUCGGCCUACCAUUACGGCGAGGCGUAUGAAGAAGACGAAGAUUCGCCGACGGACCACCCGAGGCAAGUUUCAAACCGAUACUAUCAGUAUGCAACGGAGGAUGCGCCGUCACGACCAGCUUCCAGCAUGCGAAAUGCUCCCAACAUCCCGCCACCCGCGACGUCGGUAGUCGAUGUGCCCGAGUACUCACCACGUUCUGGUUCUCCAACCCGACCUUGGUCUCCCGGCCACGUGGGCGACUGGGCUAGGGCCCCAAGACCCCCCUCUGUUAUGAGCUCGCAGUAUGAGCGAGCCGACCUUAAUGGCAGCCCACGCCCGGGUACGCCAAGUUCGAGAUAUGGAGGCAGUCCACGACGACCGUUGCCACCAGCUCCGUUGUUCACGGCUCCGCGAUCUACGAUGGGUGAGCAGGAUACGAGCAUCGACAUCGGCGAUCCGGACGACGACGUGUUCGGUGGUGGCGGAAGGACGAUUAAUCGUCAUGGCCAACAUGGCAGUGUUCAUUCCUUCAUGAGCGAAUCGACCGUGAUCACGGACGAAAAAGAAGCGAUGAACAAGAUUGAUCUAGAUGAAGAUGACGAAGCGACGGGAAUGGUGGAUCCGAACCUGCAUUACGGGCCUGCCCCAGAGAAGCAGAGUCGUCGAGGCGUUCGCGAAGCCCAGAUGAUCAAGAAAGAAGUCCAGCUGGUCAACGGUGAACUGAUCCUGGAGUGCAAGAUUCCGACCAUUCUCCAUAGUUUUUUGCCGCGUCGAGACGACCGAGAAUUUACCCAUAUGCGGUAUACUGCCGUGACCUGCGACCCCGACGACUUUACGCAGCGAGGAUACAAAUUGCGACAGCAAAUCGGCACAACCAUGCGUGAAACGGAACUGUUUAUCUGUGUGACCAUGUACAACGAGGACGAGAUCUGUUUUACACGGACUAUGCACGGCGUUAUGCGCAAUAUCAGUCAUCUUUGCUCGCGCUCAAAGUCGCGAACAUGGGGCAAAGACGGGUGGAAGAAGAUUGUGGAAGGUAUCGCCAAGAACAUCGUCAACCAGAAGCAAGUCAAUGCACACGUCUACGAGUACACCACUCAAGUAUCUCUCGACCCUGACUUGAAGUUCAAGGGCGCCGAGAAGGGUAUCAUGCCGUGCCAGGUCAUCUUCUGCCUGAAGGAACAUAACAAAAAGAAGCUUAACUCGCAUCGUUGGUUCUUCAACGCCUUUGGUCGCGCCCUCCAACCGAACAUCUGUAUCCUCCUGGAUGUUGGCACUAAGCCUUCACCUACUGCCCUGUACCACUUAUGGAAAGCGUUCGAUCAGGAUUCCAACGUUGCCGGAGCCGCUGGUGAGAUCAAAGCAGGAAAAGGCAAGGGCAUGCUGGGUCUUCUGAACCCUCUGAUUGCAAGUCAAAACUUCGAAUACAAGAUGUCGAACAUUCUGGACAAGCCUCUGGAGUCCGUGUUUGGAUACAUUACCGUGCUACCUGGUGCGCUGAGUGCCUAUCGCUUUUUCGCGCUGCAGAACGAUGCCGAGGGUAACGGCCCGUUGAACCAGUACUUCAAGGGAGAGACGCUACACGGAAAGGAUGCGGAUGUGUUCACGGCAAACAUGUACCUCGCCGAAGAUCGUAUCUUGUGCUGGGAGCUGGUAGCCAAGCGAGAAGAAAGAUGGGUCCUGCGAUUCGUCAAGAGCGCGGUGGGAGAAACUGACGUUCCCGACAAUGUCCCGGAGUUCAUCUCGCAACGAAGACGAUGGCUGAACGGUGCUUUCUUCGCCGCUGUGUACUCCAUCGUCAACGGAAAGCAGCUCUGGAAGACGGACCAUUCCCUGCCGCGAAAGAUUCUCCUCCAGAUCGAAGCCGUCUACCAAUUUGUCCAGCUUCUUUUCACGUAUUUUGGAUUGGCCAACUUCUACCUGGCGUUUUUCUUCAUCGCCGGGUCACUAUCGGACCCAAAGAUCGAUCCCUUCGGUCAUAACAUGGGCAAAUGGAUCUUCAUCAUCCUGCGAUAUGCCUGUGUAUUGGUCAUGUGUCUGCAGUUCAUUAUCUCCAUGGGUAACCGUCCGCAAGGAGCCAAGAAGUUGUAUCUCUCAGGAAUGAUCGUGUACAGCAUCAUCAUGGUGUAUACCAUUUUCUGUACGCUCUACCUGGUUAUUCUGGAGCUGAUCGCGAAAACGGGAGGGGAUGUAGAUCUCCCCGUGAGCGACGGGCUCUUCAUCAACAUCGUGGUUUCCCUACUCUCGAGUGUCGGUCUCUACUUCUUCUCCUCAUUCCUCUACCUGGACCCGUGGCACAUGUUCACGUCGUCGGCGCAGUACUUCGCUCUCUUGCCCAGCUACAUCUGCACGCUGCAAGUGUAUGCGUUUUGCAAUACACACGACGUCACAUGGGGUACGAAAGGAGACAACGUGAUCAACACCGACCUGGGUGCGGCGCGCAUCAUCAACGGGUCGAUCGUCGAAGUCGAAAUGCCUUCGGAGCAGCUGGAUAUUGAUAGUGGCUAUGACGCCGCACUGCGCAGUCUUCGUGAUCGGGAGGAAGUGCCCGAGCCCCCGGUCCCGGAGAGUCAGCUGCAAGAAGACUACUACCGCGCGGUCCGUACCUACAUGGUCUCCAUCUGGAUGGUUGCCAACGUGAUCCUCGCCAUGGCGGUCUCCGAGGUCUACGGAGUGGACUCGGGCGGCACCAACAUCUACCUCGCCAUCAUCCUGUGGUCCGUGACCGGCCUGGCGCUGAUCCGUGUGAUCGGCUCGACGACGUACGCUAUUCUGCACGUGGUCCAGAAGCUCGUGGAAGGGAAAGCCAAGUUCGACGCGGGCAAUCUGGCCCAUGGCACUGGCAGCGCGACGUCCAGUGCGGUCAACGGCAGCACGGUGCAGUAUGGCGGCGGCGGCACGUUCCGGGAUAAGUUCACCGAGGCGAAAUGGGGCAUGAAGCAGCAGGUGGGGAAGGUAAUGUUCUGGCGGAAAUGA